AUAUAUUCAGUGGUAGAGCGACGGAGCAGAGAAUUUUUGAUUGAAAGUUAGGGAAUCCAAGAAUAAGAAAUGGAGAAAGAAGUUCUUGAAGUAGUUAUGAAAAGGUUGGACAGCGAAUCGAGGGUCGCUGCUAUUUUAGAUUUUCAGUCGGUGCCAGCUUUACCUAAAGGAGAAAACUACCACUCCACGAUCUUCAGAGUAACAUUAAAAGUGGUCUUGGGCAACGGAAGGCAGGCCAAGAAGUCCUUCAUCAUGAAGCAGAUGAUCACUGAAGGAACGCGAGAGAAGCAACAAAGAAUGGCAUUUGCUAAAGAAACUCAGGUGUAUUCCGUAAUACUCAAACAGAUGAGUUACCUAAUGGAAGAAUUCGAAGACACAGAUGAAACUCUUUGGUGUAACUGCAUUCAUUCCGAUCCGUACUUAUCUUGUAUCCUCCUAGAAGAUCUAAAGGCAAGUGGUUACAGUUUGGUUCCAAGACAGCAAGGCCUGGAUUUGGACCACUCCAUCGUUGCUCUUAGGGGUUUGGGCAAGUACCACGGGAUGGCAAAGGUUCUUGAAGAGAGAGGAAUCAUCUCCAAAGAUGAAUAUACGCAAAAGUCCCCUUUUACCAUCUUAAAAGUUAUAAAAGCGAUACCUUACGCUGGUAUUUUAAAUCUUGCGAAGGCUAUGCGAGAGAGCUGGGGCCCAGAAUGGGAAGAGACUGCAAAAAGCAUGAUGAUAUCUUUAGAUCCAUUUGCAGCUAAACUCAACCAAGUGUUUAAAACAGAUGAGAAUGAAUUCGCCGUCCUCAUUCACGGCGAUUGCUGGUCAAACAACAUGAUGUUCAAAUACGACUUUCAGAAGAGGCCAAUUGCAGUGAAGUUUUUUGACUUUCAAGGACCUCAAUAUAUCACACCCUGCACGGACAUUACCUAUUUCCUGUACCUCGGUACCCAGCCUGCAGUACGUCGAAGCAACUAUCAACUCCUGCUGAAGACGUACCACGAUUCCUUGGUCAGAACUCUGGACAAGUUCGGCUUCACUGGUACCAAGCCCACACUCGAGGAAAUAACAGCUACAAUGAGUCGUCUCGAGUUCUACGGACUAAUGCUUUUCGUGGCUGCGUACCCUGGCCUCACUGGUUCCAAAAACCAAGAAGCAUUUGAUUUUGAAAAGUUGAUGAAAACGGAUGGAGAAGAAGGAUUCGAACAGGAAGUUCUCAAAGAACCUGGAAUAAUAGAGAAGAUGGGGCCGGACAUAAUUUACUAUGUAGAAAAACAUUUAAAAAAUCUGUGAAAUGUUUCUUAUAACCAGAAUUUCAAAUAUCUUUUAAAGAAUCAAUAUGUUAUUUAUUUUUUGAAUAUUAAUACAAGAACUUCCCGGUCGAUAACAAACUACUACAACAUCUUUUGGACUACAGAUCUCCAUUCAACUUACAAAACAAGCGACUAAUCUACACCACCAUACUAAGACCUUUUUGGACAUACGGAGCAGAACUUCGACGUCCCGCCAAACACACACACACACAAACAUAAAAAACAAAUAAAAAAACACAAAAUCCAAAAUAAUUCGUAAAAUCAUAAAUGUUUCUUGGAGUAUUUCAAAUAACACCAUCCAUAAAGAAAUAAACAUACCAAAAGUAAAAUCCUACAUACACAACAUUUCAUUCUUCUACUCUCAAUCAUCUAAAGCCAUUCGUCUUGUCUCUUUCUUCCUCCGUGUUACCUGGUGAGCCUUAACGACGACUAAAUGACAGUGGCCUAGAGAUCUCCUGCUGACAAAAUAAAGAAGGACUAAGAAUAAAAGAAGAAAGAAUAAACGGCAACAUAUUUGCUUUUUUGCGUUACAACACAGUGGAAAACUUAAUGUAAAAUAAAUAAAAAUAAAAUAUUACAAUAUGUUUGUUUAAAUAAAAAAGUUUUAGAAUGCCUUAUUUUAACCUGAAAAUGCUGAAGUUAUGCUUAUCAUAUUCUAUUUUUUAUUUUUUAUCACGUUCAU